CGGAAUGUGGUGCUGCCACUGGUGCACGAGCAAGUGGGUUGAACCAAUAGUAUACCCUUCAUUGACAUCGACCCUGAAUCUCUUUCUCUCGUUACUAUGUCAUCCCGUUUCCGAAUCUGUCAACUACUACGCGACUCUCGUUAUUCUGCAACACUCAUACCUACUACUCUACCCCUGCCAGGCUCAACGCCACCGCUUCUGCCUCCGUUUCUCAUAAUCCUUCGGUCUACCCAUACCCGAGGACCCUUGCCGUUUCGCGUUUGUAUAUAGUCCAUGUACUCUCAUGACUACAGCGAAUCCUAUACUCAGAUCCCCGCUCCAAUCAGUAUCGAAAAAGCCUCACAGAAAGUUUCCUUAAAAUGUUUUCCUACUCGUCUCGUUUACCUUUGCUCUUGUCUCGGAUCUAACCCAUUUUAGUUCACUUUCCCCUCCGUACUCGUAACCAGCCCUACAAUUGUACUCAAAAAUCGUCUGACGAGCGUCGAUUGCCCAUGGUUGGGUGAGGGUUGUGAGGCCAGAAGUGGACUAUCUAGAGUACAUAACUCCCAGUCCAGUAUGCCAAUUAUCCGGUUUUCUGUUGGAUGUUGUCAAGCU